AAAAAACAAUCCAAUCCAGAAAAGAUUCCAUCAAAACAGGCAUUAAAUCUUGCAAGAAAUUACAUCUUGAAUCACAAUAUUCCGGAAAACCCAGCAUCAAAUAAUUUUAAAUAAUUAAUAAAAAUGGCUUGGGGAUUUGUAACUUGCGGUCCAAAUGAAGCUCUGGUCGUAUCAGGAUGUUGCUAUAUGAAGCCAUUGCUUGUCCCUGGAGGGCGAGCCUUUGUGUGGCCAUCAAUUCAACAAGUGCAAAGAAUUUCACUCAACACUAUGACUCUCCAAGUUGAAAGUCCUUGCGUAUACACCAGCCAAGGUGUACCAAUUUCAGUAACUGGCAUAGCACAAGUAAAAAUUCAAGGCCAAAACGAGGAUAUGUUACUGACCGCUUGCGAGCAAUUCCUUGGAAAACCUGAAGCAGAAAUUCAACAUAUUGCUCUUGUGACCUUGGAAGGUCAUCAAAGAGCUAUAAUGGGAUCAAUGACUGUUGAAGAAAUUUACAAAGAUCGUAAAAAGUUCAGCAAGCAAGUGUUUGAAGUUGCAUCUUCGGACUUGAUAAAUAUGGGCAUUACUGUAGUAUCGUAUACUUUAAAAGAUAUACGUGAUGAGGAGGGUGACUCAAAGGGAUAUCUUAAAUCUUUGGGUAUGGCACGUACUGCAGAAGUUAAACGUGAUGCUCGUAUUGGAGAGGCCGAAGCAAGAUGUGAUGCCCAAAUCAAAGAAGCAAUUGCCGAAGAACAGCGCAUGGCAUCCCGAUUCUUAAACGAUACUGAAAUUGCAAAAGCACAACGUGACUUUGAAUUGAAAAAAGCCGCGUAUGAUGUGGAAGUUCAAACGAAAAAAGCUGAAGCCGAAAUGGCUUAUGAAUUGCAAGCAGCCAAGACCAAGCAACGUAUUAAGGAAGAACAAAUGCAAGUUAAAGUAAUUGAACGUACACAAGAAAUAGCUGUUCAAGAUCAAGAAAUUCAACGUCGCGAGAGAGAACUUGAAGCUACUGUACGUCGACCAGCAGAAGCUGAAAAGUAUCGCUUGGAAAAAAUAGCAGAAGCUAACAAGUUUAGAGUUGUUUUGGAAGCUGAAGCCGAAGCUGAAUCGAUUAAAAUUCGAGGUGAAGCAGAAGCUUUUGCUAUCGCAGCCAAAGCCAAGGCCGAAGCUGAACAAAUGGCACAAAAGGCCGAGGCUUACAGAGAAUAUCGUGAAGCAGCAAUGGUUGAAAUGUUACUGGAGACAUUGCCAAAGGUCGCUGCCGAAGUUGCUGCUCCACUUUCUCAAACCAAGAAAAUCACAAUGGUUUCCAGUGGUAAUGGAGACAUCGGUGCUGCCAAGCUUACUGGAGAAGUUCUGCAGAUUGUCAACAAAGUGCCAGAAUUGGUUAAAAAUAUAACCGGUGUUGAUAUUGCUAGGUCCGUGCAUGCUGGUUAAAUGAACGAAAACGCAAACAUAAUGAAACCUUAUCUCAAUGAACUUAAUAAAGCAGACAAUUUGAUGGAAACCAAUUUAUUAUUCUGAUUUAACAAACAGAUUUUCAAAUAACUUUCAUAAAAAGUAGGUGAUUUUCACGUAAAAUAUAUACAUGUGUACAUAUAUUUUGAAUUAUACAAUGUUUACAAAUUUUCAUACAACAAUAAAUUCGUAAAAAGGGUCUUUUACUUCCGAGCUAUGUUACAUCUUCAACUUGAUAAUCAAAAAAAUAUUUUUAAAAAAAUUAUGAAUAUUAAAUUUUCAAAUUCUCGAACUUAAUUUAAGCUUCAAAAAGUCUAUUGUGAUACCAAUAAAAAUCACAUUAAAUGCAUUUAGCAUGAUUUAUGCCAUAAAACACAACAAAAGCCCUUGUACUAUCAUAUUCUUUACCAAUGUCAUAGAUGGAAUCCUUUUUUUGUAUAACUUGAUAGCCAACAAUAAAUUAGUGCAAGAAAAUACAAAUUGUCAGAAUAUGUAAUAAAAAAUAAAAAUAUUAUUUUAUGAAAUAUGUUGCCAAUGCCAAAAAUUGUAUACCUAAAAGAUUAAAGUUAAUUUGAACAAAAUAUGUGUUUGAUUUUUUUUUGCUGUGUUUUCAUUUCUUAAUCUAAUUUUAGAAAAUAACACUAGUGUUAUUAAUUAACAGAGAUUGUAUUUUAAUUAUAGCUUAAAAUAAUGAACAUUUUGACGAGUCUUAACCCGUUUUUAGUGGAAAUUCUAGGAAAAAUAAUGAAAGCAAAAUCAUACAAGUUAAAAUUAUAACUUUAUAAAAUAUGAAUGUUCAAUUAUUUUUACCUUAAAAUAUAUGCAAUUGUUUUUUUGUUUUUUAUUUCUCUUAUGGCAACAUAAUUUUUAUGUUAUUUAAGAAUGCAUUUGUUUUAGUUUAUAUAUUAAAUCAAGAAAAACCUACCCUAGGAAUAUCUAUUACUAUAUAAUAUUAUUUUCAUGAUAAAUAAAAAAGUGCGUAUAUAUAAAAUACUUUUAUAUUUAUCAUCAAAUAUCUCGAAUUUGAACACAAUAGAUAUUGGAAAAAUGUAAUAUGUAAUCAUUUAAAACAAAACAAGCACAAUUUUGUAUUCGUGUAUGGGUGUACUGAGCAAUUAUAGAACUAAAAAUAAAUAUAUAUAUAUAUAUUUCGUAACAUGAAA